AUGCGUGCAGUAUCUUUCAGCUCCUUCUACACCAGGUUCCCUGCCAAGUUUUGCAGGGACGACUUGGCUUGCCACUUGGUUGGUGCGUGGCGAAUCGAGAGUGCCAGCCAUGUCGGCGGGGGCCUGAGACGCCGGAGAAGGUCGGUGCGAGAGCUUCCAGCCCCAUGCGGAGCUCUGAACACCAAGCUCGCUUUCACCUCUCUCCUGAUGUUUAGGCGGACAGCUUCAGGCUCUUCCCCUAUCUGGUGGUCAGUCUCGACAGUGCCGCUCUUUCGUGGCGUGCCGGACCGGCGACCGGCGGCUGAUGCUCAGGAAGAGGCCAGCGAAAAGGGGCCAGAACUCAAAGCCUACAGUUAA